AGGGGCAGGUGGCUUUAGACGGUUAGAACGGGAAGCGACAUUGUCCCUUAUCAUUGACCAUGUCACUGAAUGUCACUGACCAUGGAUGUAUGUAGCUGCGGGUGAAUGAAGAACCACAUUCGCGGAAAGUGGCACUCACCUUCGGCACUGGGAUAGGGGCCGAGAUGGACAAAUAACCUUUAUGCUUCAUGAUGACAUUUGCCCGGACCUGACUCGAUCAUUAUUUAGCUAUCUUACGUAGCUAGCCAUCUAUUACCAGAAUCCAGAAACUCCCUCCACUAUUAUUACCUUGCUGUCUUUACUCCAUUACCGUCUCACAUUCCACUUUCAUACAACAUUUCCAACCUCCGUAAUACUCGGGACUCUGAUAAUCCGUACCUCAUUCUGUUCCGAUAAUUCAUCCACAUCACACUUCAUUAUGGAGCCGAGUUCCCUCACCCGUCGCGACUUCAAUGUCCUCGAAAAGAUCAAAGACCCUGAGUCGAACCCGUUGACGGCUGUCAUCGUAGACCCGACUUUGCCCAAAGAUCCGAACAUGACGGACACGUCUGUGUAUGAUCGCGUCUCUCAAAAGGAACGGGAUAUUGUUCAGACUAUGCAAAGUUUAGAACUGCAACUUGCCGGCCUAAGACCCAAGUCAACUCCCGAGCCAAUUAACGAAUAUCACCAAUGCGUAUCGACACUUGGAGAGCUCAUAUCUGAAUACCCAAAGUAUGCCAGUGCACGAAACAAUAGAGCGCAAGCUCUUAGGAGACUAUAUGGCGAUACCAUGCUCCUGCGUGGCAGCGCCAAUUCGAAUGCGCUGCUGUCUGAUAUAGAUGACCUUGAAAAGUCUGAGGCGGCAGCCCUAGCCCUUUCUGACCUCGGCAAAGCUAUCGAAUUGUUGACCCCAAAGACCGUCUUCGCUUCCAUCUCGCCGCAAGCUGGAAAAACUCUCUCGCUUGCCCACACUCAACGAGCUGCAAUAUAUCAUACAACCGCCAAGUCUCUUCAAGCUGGCCAAGUAGCAAAUAUUGCCGUGGAAAGAAAGGAAGCAGGAUGGGCAACUCUUAACUUUGAGGAGGCUGCCUCGAGAGAUUUUGCUUUAGGAGGAAGGUAUGGAAAUGAGAUCGCAAAGGGAUUGGCCGUGAGCACGAAUCCAACUGCCAAGCUUUGCGGUCAGAUGGUGAGGGAAGCCAUGAAAAAGGAAUAUGGCCCAGCAUAUGCCGCAUGAUGAUUCAGAUAACUAGGUACCUAGCUAGAUAGUAUCAUGGCAUAGAGUACCUAUGUAUUUCGUAUUGAACUCGGGACUGAGUAAUAAGCUCAAUAGAUUUGAGCCACUCGCUCGUCAGGUGUCGUUAGGUAAAGCAUCGAAGUUGACUAGGCAACGUUAAGUAGCCUUGCUAAAUAGAUUUCCAAGUCGUCUAAAUGAAUAUCUAGGUUAGAGUGGUGUAUUCCGAUAUACUAGGUAUUGUAAUACGAAUGAUUUAAAUUAUGUUGCAUACCUUGUACCAGCGCUUAGAGUCUG